AUGAAUAUUUUAAAAAAUGCUGAUUUAUUUGGAGUACCUUUUAUACAAUCUAUAGACCAAAAAUAGUCUAAAUAUUAGAGCAUAUUCGGAGGAAUUUUAUCUUUAAUUAUUUUCUCAUCCAGUUUGGGAUAUGCAAUCUGGAUUCUCUAUUUAUGGCAAACAAAAUAGAUGAAUCCUAAAAUAUCUACUUCUAAAUAUGCUACUGAUUACUCAACCCUUGAUCUUAAUCAAGACUUCAUUAAAAUAUAUUAUUGGAAGUACGAUAAUAAUUUAAUUGAUCCCUUUAAAACAAAAAUUCUUUUGCCUCUGGUUAUCUACAAUAGACAAAAUUAGUUAACAUAACCUUAACUAAUAACUAAUAAUAUCGUUUCAAGCUAUGGAAAUACAUAUAUACCAAAAAUAGAAUUAGGGUUUUCUAAAAUAGAUGGAGAAAUGUAUACAUCAGGAUAAAUGUAUAUAUAAAUAGUUUUAUGUUCUGAAGUUUAUCUAAGUCCAGAUGAAAAAUGUGCAUCUAAGGAGUUAAUCGAAGAAUUUUUUAAAUAAUCCUCUAAUAUUAUUGUGAUCCAAAUUUAUUCAACCUCUUUGAAUUCUAGAGAUGGAUCAGAAUAGGUUGGAUUACAAGAAUUUUACAUUUAAAUUGAAGAAAGAUUCUGUUAUACUAUGAAUACAUUUUUAGAAACGAAUUUAUAUGAACUCUAGGAUGAUUUUUUAUUUGGAACAUCUUAAUUUAAGGAAUUUAUUUCUGGAGCUGUAGUACAGACUUAAACAAGUUCAUCUGAGUAUUGUUAUAAGGCUUUUAAUAAUGAUGCUCUUUCUAUAAUCUAUUUAGGAAUGAAUGGUAAUUAAAUGUAAACUAUUUUUGAAUAUCCUCGUAUUGGAGAUAUCUUAGCAAAUAUUGGAUCAAUUGUAUCUCUAUUAUUCAUGAGUAAGUAUAUAAUUAUUAUGUUAAAUCAAUAUUCUUUAAAAUAAAGUAUAAUAAAAGAAAUGAUAUCCUAUUAUUAUCCAUAAUUUAAAAAUGUAUGCAUAACCAAAAAUUGGAGGUAAAAAAUUGUAAUGGUUAAAAUAAAUUAAACAGUAGUAGAUAUCAAAGAGUUUAUAAAAUUUUAUGACAAAGCUCAAAAGUAAAUGAUAUAAAAAUUAAGUUAUUUAAAUUUACUAUAUGAAAUAUCUAGAUUAUAUUUUAUUAUUAGAUCGUCUAAAUGUAGAGAAGAGCUAUAUAAAUCUCAUCAUAUUGGAAUUAAAAUGAAUUUUAAUGCUAUCAACGAAUUAGAUGGCAUUUUUAAUUACAAAUCCAUUUGUUCAUUAUAAUCAAGUCGAGAUAAUAUAUUAUUAAAUGAAGAUGAUGCAGAUAUAUUAUCAUUAUCAAAAAAGGGAUUAGAAAAUUGUUGUAAUAUUAUUCCAGAAGAAAUAUUUAAUGAAAUCGAUUUUUACAUAACAAAUAAAAUAGUUUGA